AUGUCCGAGCGAACGCCACUGCUCAAUCCCGAUGGUGGCUAUGUAUCUCUACCUCCGCCUCCACAGGAUGAAGAAAUAACAAUCAUCGGCAAAGAAAUCUCUUUCCCCAGGUUGAUGAUCAUCCUGAGCACAACAUGGCUCGGGGUCUUUCUAGCAGUUGCUGACACCACAGUUAUCGCGACCUUGUCCGCAGAGAUCUCAAGCGAUUUCAGCUCACUCAGCUUGCUGUCUUGGCUUGCGACCUCUUAUCUCAUCGCCACUGCUGCCAGUCAACCUAUUUCGGGUCGUUUAACAGACAUCUUCGGUCGUGGUCCUGGACUGGUGUUCAGCAAUAUUGCUUUCGCCGCGGGAAACCUCAUCUGCGGGCUAGCGACAAGCCAACAAGCUAUACUAAUUGGAAGAGUCAUUGCUGGUAUCGGUGGUGGAGGUCUAUUGAGCAUACCGAUGUUUUUGGGCUCUGAUCUUGUUCCUCUCCGUAGAAGAGCCAUGAUCAGUGGAUUUGGAAACAUAUGGUACGGCUCCGGCACUAUGGUGGGAGCUGUCUUUGGUGGAAUCUUGAACGACCGUACCAGUCUUGGCUGGAGAAUGGCCUUUCUGGUUCAAGUGCCUCCGGCUUUGCUGUCGGUUGUGAUUGUGCACUUUCUCCUUAAGGUUCCACCGAAACAAUCCGACAAGUCUUAUAUCAAGCGUAUAGACUUUGCAGGCGUCCUCCUCGUCACCUCAUUCAUGGCGACUUUGGUUCUAGGUCUUAGCGUCGGCGGCAACACAGUUCCGUGGACGCAUCCUCUACCAGUCGCGUGUAUCUCACUCUCAGGGUGUCUCUUUGCUGCGUUUGUAUGCUGGGAGCUCCGCGUAUCUCAGCCGAUUAUACCCAUCAGGCUAUUGCAAAGCCGGACAGUGUUUGGCUCUUGCUUGGCCAGCAUGUUCUGCGCCGCCAUCGCCCUAACCAGCGUCUUUUAUAUACCACUCUACCUUCAAGCCCGCGGUGACUCUCCCACUGAUGCUGGCCUAAAGAUUGUCCCAGCAUCUCUCGGUGCGGCUGUCGGGGGACUCAUGCCCGGAUUCAUGAUUAAAAGAACUGGCAAAUAUGUUGGACUUGCAAUCAGCUGCCUCAUGGCUCUGAUUGUUGGUACCUUUAUGUUUGUUCUCCAAGGUAGUGAGACUGCAACUUGGAUGACCUGCGUGGCAUUCUUCGUUGCCAGUAUUGGCUACAAUGCUACUUUUAACAUCACUCGGACAGCCUGCAUUGCUGCUGUCGAUCACUCUAAUCAAGCUGUGGUCACAUCUAUUGGACACCUCGCCAGAAGUCUUGGUGGUACUAUAGGAAUAACGCUUGCCUCUGUCGUAUAUCAAUCCAGCCUGAGCGCGGGUCUAUGGGCAAGAUUUGGUGAUCAACCAAAUGCCGCUAAGGAAAUCCAACGAAUUCGAGACGAUCUAAUGGAACUGAAGCGAUUGCCGCAUGGGUGGUAUCCAGGGGUUCUUGAAUCAUUGAUGACGGCGUUCGGGCACGUCUGGCUGAUAAUGCUUGCUUGGGCAAUCCUGGCGUUGGUCGGUAUCUCGCCCAUCAAACAACAUAGGCUUUACUCAACGUUGGAGAGAACGUAG